AUGAGUGUAAAAUCGCAGUCACCACUACAUCACGUCAGUCCGCGCUUUCUGUUCUUCGGGGAAUACUUGGCCGAGGAGAUUGUUCCUCACCCGUUGCACCCCAGGUUCCUCACCCCGUUGCACGCCCCAGGUUCCUCGCCCCGUUGCACGCCCCAGGUUCCUCACCCCGUUGCACGCCCCGGUUGCACGCCCCCUCACCCCGUUGCAUCCACCACCCCGUUGCACGCCCCAGGUUCCCGGUUGCACGCCCAGGUUCCUCACCCCGUUGCACGCCCCAGGUUCCUCACCCCGUUGCACGCCCAGGGUUUCCUCACCCCGUUGCACGCCCCAGGUUCCUCGCCCCGUUGCACGCCCCAGGUUCCUCACCCGUUGCACGCCCCAGGUUCCUCACCCCGUUGCACGCCCCAGGUUCCUCACCCCGUUGCACGCCCAGGUUCCCCACCCCGUUGCACGCCCCAGGGUUCCUCACCCCGUUGCACGCCCCAGGUUCCUCACCCCCGUUGCACGCCCCAGGUUCCUCGCCCCGUUGCACGCCCAGGUUCCUCACCCCGUUGCACGCCCAGGUCCUCCACCCCGUUGCACGCCCCAGGUUCCUCACCCCGUUGCACGCCCCAGGUUCCUCGCCCCGUUGCACGCCCCAGGUUCCUCACCCCGUUGCACGCCCAGGUUCCUCACCCCGUUGCACGCCCCAGGUUCUCACCCGUUGCACGCCAUAGGUUCCUCACCCCGUUGCACGCCCCAGGUUCCUCAGCACGUUCCUCACCCCGUUGCACGCCCCAGGUUCCUCCCCCCCUCAUUGCACGCCCCAGGUUCCUCACCCCGUUGCACGCCCCAGGUUCCUCACCCGUUGCACGCCCGUUCCUUGCACGCCCAGGUUCCUCACCCCGUUGCACAUCACCCCGUUGCACGCCCCAGGUUCCUCUGCACGCCCAGGUUCCUCAUGCACGCCCCAGGUUCCUCACCCCGUUGCACGCCCCAGGUUCCUCACCCGUUGCACGCCCCAGUUCCUCACCCCGUUGCACGCCCCAGGUUCCUCACCCGUUGCACGCCCAGGUUCCUCACCCCGUUGCACGCCCCAGGUUCCUCACCCCGUUGCACGCCCCAGGUUCCUCACCCCGUUGCACGCCCCAGGUUCCUCACCCCGUUGCACGCCCCAGGUUUCCUCACCCCGUUGCACGCCCCAGGUUCCUCACCCCGUUGCACGCCCCAGGUUCCUCACCCGUUGCACGCCCCAGGUUCCUCACCCCGUUGCACGCCCCAGGUUCCUUCCCGUUCACGCCCCCAGGUUCCCGUUGCACGCCCCAGGUUCCUCACCCCGUUGCACGCCCCAGCCCCGUUGCACGCCCCCUCACUCCGCUGCACGCCCCAGGUUCCUCGCCCCGUGCACGCCCCAGGUUCCCCACCCCGUUGCACGCCCCAGGUUCCUCACCCCGCUGCACGCCCCAGGCGCCCCGCUGCACGCCCCAGGUUCCCCACCCCGUUGCACCCCAGUUCCUCACCCCGUUGCACGCCCCAGGUUCCUCACCCCGUUGCACGCCCAGGUUCCUCACCCCGUUGCACGCCCCAGGUUCCUCGCCCCGUUGCACCCCAGGUUCCUUCCUCACCCCGUUGCACGCCCCAGGUUCCUCACCCCGCUGCACGCCCCAGGUUCCUCGCCCCGCUGCACGCCCCAGGUUCCUCACCCCGUUGCACGCCCCAGGUUCCUCACUCCGCUGCACGCCCCAGGUUCCUCACCCCGCUGCACGCCCCAGGUUCCUCACCCCGCUGCACGCCCCAGGUUCCCCACUCCGUUGCACUAGCUCGCGCCUUGUCCCUGAGGUCUGGCACUUGUCCAAUAUCGAAGGCCACCAGUGCAGCGCCUCUUAA